AUCGAUUAGUCAGGUCUGCUACACAGCGGCGGGGUCAGUCCGGAUCCGCCGAGCACAAUCCGCUGCUACCGCUGCUGUUUUGGUUUGAGUGGUGUGGUUUCUUUUCUGGAUAUUUCCUCACUCUCUUCCCUUUCACGCCUCAUUCUUGGAUUCCAGCGGUCCAGUCGUCCAUCAUGGGCAAAAGGGAGGAAGAGGAGAUCAUUAGAAUCGCAAAGAAAAUGGACAAAAUGGCGCAGAAGAAAAACGGGUCCGGUGCUUUGGACCUGCUUAAAGAGCUACGCAGCGUCCCCAUGACUCUGGAGCUGCUCCAGUCUACCAGAAUUGGGAUGUCUGUCAACGCCAUCCGCAAGCAGAGCACAGAUGAGGAGGUCACAUCUCUAGCAAAGUCUUUGAUCAAGUCGUGGAAGAAGCUUUUGGACGAGCCUGCAAGCGGAGACAAACCCUCAGAUGAGAAGAGGAAAGAACAAGGCGCUCCUGUUUCACCCUCGCAGGGAAGCCCAGAGGCAAAAGAGGAAAGUUCCAGCAGUAACUCCAGCAGCAAGAGCGAGCAUGCCGACGUCUCAGCCAACACCCUAAUCAACACCUUCCCUCGUGCUCCCAGCACAUCCGACUCCAUAAGGAUCAAGUGCAGAGAGAUGCUGGCCAAUGCUCUCCAAACUGGAGACGACUAUAUCGCCAUUGGUGCUGAUUGUGAUGAACUCGGCGCUCAAAUUGAGGAAUGCAUAUUCCAAGAGUUUAAGAACACAGACAUGAAGUACAAGAACCGUGUUCGGAGCCGAAUUUCCAACCUGAAGGACGUGAAGAAUCCCAACUUGAGAAGGACGGUGCUGUGUGGAAGCGUCACCCCUGAGCGAAUGGCCAAGAUGACGGCAGAGGAAAUGGCCAGUGACGAGCUGAAAGAAAUGAGGAAGAAUUUGACCAAAGAGGCCGUCAGGGACCACCAGAUGGCCACCACGGGCGGCACCCAGACAGAUCUGUUCACCUGUGGCAAGUGCAAGGGGAAGUCCUGCACCUACACACAGGUCCAAACUCGCAGUGCUGAUGAGCCCAUGACCACGUUUGUCUUCUGCAAUGAGUGUGGAAAUAGGUGGAAGUUCUGCUGACUCCACAGGCAUCUUCUUCGGUUGCUUGGACAAGUAGCAAAAACCCUGGACCAGAUCGGAGCUUUUUAUCAUGUGGUAGACAUUGUACACAAACGCGGUGUAAGGAUGCCACGACUUGCAGUUUUGAAUUGGACUAAAUAUCCUGUCGAUAGUUUGAGCUAAUUGUUAAAAGCCCCGCCCAGCCCCCAACACCUCUCUUUCACAUGCAAUCUAUUUUUGUCAAUAGUUUUGCCCCACCAUUAGAUGUAUGCAAUCAAGCUUGACUCAUUCUUUUUAUCUGCGUUUUUUUAUAUGUAGUUUUAACACUGUGUUGUUCUGCUCUCCAUUCACAACAACACAACAUUGUUUUAUUUAAUUUCCCAAUAAAGUGUACUCCAUUUGAUUACAAAAACAAAACAAGUGGGGUUGGUUGAUGAUUGGUGUUGGUAAGGAAAACCUUAGUGUCACAAGUAAAGCAGUGUUUCACAGCGGCGGCCUUUUUGGGAUCUGUCCAUAUGCAAUAUAGUACAGCGGUGCCUCGGUUUCUGUUAUUAAUAUGUAACAAAAUGUCAUAAAAAAACAAAGCAAGAAAUAAUGGAAAUCCAAUAAAUCCACAAAAAAGUACAUUUUAUAGGGAAUAACUAUGGAUUUACAUUCACAAAAU